AUGGGAGCUUCUACAAUACGAGAUAUAACUAAAUCUACAUCGUUUGGACUUGGAAAUCACAUUUUAAGACCUUAUGCAAAAAGAAAUUUAAACUAUACCAAGCGAAUUUUUAACUUUAGACAUACAAGAGCUCGUCGUGUGGUUGAGUGUACAUUUGGGAUUCUUGCAAACAAAUGGCGUAUAUUUCACCGUCCAAUUGAUGUGAAUAUCGAUUUUUGUGUUCGUAUUAUAAAAGCCUGCUGUGUUCUUCAUAAUUAUGUAAGUAUCAAAGAUGGAGUAAGAUUUACAGAUACUCUCUACAAUUGUCCCAUGGAUAACUUAACGAUAAUUAAUGAAAACAACCGUGGGAGAAAUAAUAUGGACAGUGUGCGACAGUACAUGUCUUCAUAUUUUAUUUCUCCAGAAGGCGCCAUUUCAUGUCAAUAUGACAAAGUGUAA